CUCGACAAUCACUGUAGGAAGCAUUAUAUUCAACAUAUUUCACACUUUUUCCUGAAAUUUAAUAGCUCAAUGAUAACAAGUAAUCUUUCAUUAGGAGAUAUCCAAAUUCACCAUGAAAGUCGUUUUGUCUGGCAGUACGGGGAGACUCGGUGGUGCAGUACUCACCCAUUGUCUCAAUCAUCCCUCAAUAACCUCCAUCAUUCUUCUCACGCGCCGAGGUAUCGAAGACGUGGCUCAAAACCCAAAAGUCAAGGUGAUAAUAGUCAAGGACUUCACCGCAUACGACGAACCUACUAUCAGCGAGCUGCAAACAGCCGAUGCUGCCAUCUGGUGUCUGGGCACAUUCAACGGGAACGAGAAAGUCGAUAUUGAAUUCCCUUUCACAUUUAUCAAUACCAUUAAAUCCCGUCCUUCCAGUCUGGCAAAACCAUUUCGAUACGUCCAACUGGGCGGCGCUUUUACAGAACCACCUCCAGAAGAGGCCAAACAGGAACGGAGCUUGUGGUUCUUUCAGAACGGACGUCGAGUGCGAGGCGCAGCAGAAGCACGGGUUUUGGAAGCUGCAGAAUAUGGCGCCGAGAAUGAAUUUGCGGUUUAUCUUGUCAAGCCAGGAGCUGUGCUUGGUGCUGCUAUUCCCAAGUUUGCGUGGGGAAGCCUAAUCAUGGGAACCGAUGAGCUUGGGGCUACGAUGGUGGAUUUGGCAGUACAUGGGAAUGAGCAGAAGGUGUUUAAUAACCAGGAGAUUGUGGAGCAUGGAAGUAGGUUACUGGGAAAUUGAGUUCAUAAUCUGAUGGGAAGACUCAAUGUAAAUGAUGGAAACACUCAAUAUGGUUGCUUUGUUACCUGUAUGAACAAACACGAAGAGCCAAAAACACUGCCACUGCCUCAGCCAACCUCCUAUCUAAAGCACCAGAGCCUAGAAUGUACACAUGUACAUAUACAUUUAACCAACAACCUAACUUCAAGAGAGAGAAAAGAGAAAACUUCUUCUCCAGCCCAUCGGAUAUACCGAUGAAAUAGUGAAAAAGGCGGAUUUGCGUCACUCGGUGGUAGUGCUAGACCGAAGACACUAUGCAGCAAGGCGUACGCGAGCGCAGGGGCCCCAGCUGCGAGGUCCAAAUUGUGGUAUAAUCAAUGUUGUUCCUACGGAACAAUUUCAGAGAUUAAACUGAAAAGAACAGAUACUACACUUGAUCUAAGCCA